AUGGGCGGGGGAAGAGGCGGACAGAAACGCGGGCGGACUCAACGCAGGCAUUUCAGGCAGAACCGAGAGAACGUCUGGAAGAAGAGUCGCGCUCUUCCAUCAGACAACGACAAUAACAGCAAUAGCAACAACACCAGCAACAAUCCCGACUGGCAGCCCUUCGCCACCCAAAACCUUGCUUUCGAAGAAUACUACAAGGAACAAGAAAUAGUGCCUGUAGAAGAAUGGGAAGAAUUCCUUCACGUUCUCCGCAAGCCGUUGCCGGCCGCUUUCAGAAUCAACUCCAGCGGCCAGUUUUUCAAGGACAUCCGGUCACAAUUGGAGAAUGAUUUUAUGAAAUCACUUGAGUCUGAGGUCACAGAUGAUAAUGAACUGGAGGCUAUUAGACCUUUGCCUUGGUAUCCGGAGAAUCUUGCUUGGCAUUUAAAUUUCUCUCGGAUGCAGCUCAGGAAAAAUCAAACCCUUGAGAGGUUCCAUGAGUUUCUGAAGCAGGAAAAUGAAAUCGGGAACAUAACAAGACAAGAGGCUGUUAGCAUGGUACCUCCAUUAUUCUUGGAUGUACGUCCAGAUCACUGUGUGCUUGAUAUGUGUGCAGCACCAGGUUCAAAAACAUUCCAAUUGCUUGAGAUAAUACACCAAUCAACUGAACCUGGAUCACUACCUGAUGGAUUGAUUAUAGCUAAUGAUGUUGACGUGCAAAGAUGCAAUCUUCUCAUCCAUCAGACAAAAAGAAUGUGCAGUGCCAACUUGAUAGUAACAAACCAUGAAGCUCAACACUUCCCUAGUUGCAGUGUGAAUGGUAAUUUCUUGGACAAGGGAAGCAUAGAUGGUGGGUUGGCUAGCCCUCAAUCAAAUGGAGCAGAAGAGCCAAACAAAAGACAGCUGUUAUUUGAUCGUGUUUUAUGUGAUGUUCCAUGCAGUGGAGAUGGUACACUUCGUAAGGCCCCUGACAUUUGGAGGAAAUGGAAUGCAGGAAUGGGCAAUGGGGUCCACCGCCUUCAAGUGCAGAUUGCUAUGCGCGGUAUAGCAUUGCUUAAAGUCGGUGGAAGAAUGGUCUAUUCAACAUGCUCAAUGAAUCCAGUUGAGAAUGAGGCUGUCGUUGCUGAGGUUCUUCGAAGAAGUGGGGAUGCGGUCGAGCUUCUUGAUGUCUCUGCUGAGCUCCCUCAGUUAGUCCGUCGCCCAGGUCUUAGACAAUGGAAGGUUCGAGAUAAGGGCCUCUGGCUCACUUCUUACAAAGAUGUUCCGAAAUACAGGAGAACUGGGAUUGUACCGAGCAUGUUUCCUUCUGGUGAAAGCUGCGUGGUGGAAGAAAGAGUUUCUGAUGAUUUAGAAAAUGAGAUGGGCAAACCUGAAAUUGAAAGUGAGACGGGAAAUCUUACUGACUUGAAAGGGAGCCAUCAGAAUGGUAGCAAUCAUAUGACCACAACUGAUGGUGGUGAAACUGUUAUUGAAUUGGUGCAACCUCCCAAUAGCACAGCCGUACAGAGUUCGGAUACUGAUUGCAAGGGGGAAGUCUCAGUUCUUCCACUUGAACAUUGCAUGAGGAUACUGCCUCAUGAUCAAAACAGUGGAGCCUUCUUUAUUGCUGUUCUUCACAAGCUUUCUCCUUUGCAGGAGAAUCCUAUCAGCAAGUGUUCUAAAAAGGGGACUUUGUUGCCCAAGAAAUUAUCGGACGAUAUUAUUGAAGAUAUGCCAGAGAUAAGUUCAUCAAAAGAUGGUCCCAGUCAAAACUUAGUUUCUGCUGAAGCAGCUUCUAAUGCAGAUUUACUGGACAAACAAACAUCUAUAAUGCCCAUGGAAAUUUCUUUGGAAGUUGACGCCAAUGAGAAUACCACCAAAGAAAAUAAACUGGAAGCCAAAGCAUGUGAAAAUAGGGAGAGUGACCUGGAGAGACCGAAGGGUGAAAAAGGAAAGUCACAGAUUCAAGGCAAGUGGAGAGGGGUUGACCCUGUUGUAUUUUUCAGAGAUGAUACCAUAAUCAAUAGCAUUAGGAACUUUUAUGGUGUCAGUGAAUCAUUUCCAUUCGAUGGCCACCUUGUGACAAGGAACAGUGAUGUCCACCACGUAAAGAGAAUUUACUAUGUAUCAAAAUCAGUUCGUGAUGCUCUGAAACUGAAUUUCCAAGUGGGGCAGCAACUUAAGAUUACUUCCCUUGGCCUGAAGAUAUUCGAGCGGCAGACAUCAAAAGAAGGUCCAUCACAGAUUGCGUACCGGAUAUCGUCGGAAGGAUUGCCAUUGCUGCUCCCUUAUAUCAGCAAACAGAUCUUAUCUGUGUCAUAUGCUGACUUUGAGCACCUUCUGCGAUACAGAAUCAUCAAGUUUGCAGAUUUUGUUGACGCUGCCUUUGGCGAAAAGGCAUCAAAGUUGAUGUUAGGUUGCUGCAUUGUAGUAUUAAACACAGGUGACCAAUAUUCACCAGAGACCAUUGUAUUAGAUGCAUCCACAAUUGCUAUUGGCUGCUGGAAAGGUAAGACCAACUUGAGUGUAAUGGUCUCCCAGACAGAUAGCCAGGAGCUGCUUGAAAGGCUUUCCGUACGUUUGGGGAAGGACAAAGUUUCCUUGGCACAGGCGGACGGGUGUGAUAGUUCAGAGCCUGUUAUGGCUGUAGAUGAAAAUGCAAAUGAUGCUGAUUUGAUUGAGGAUUUCGAAACUGCUGAACAAGAAGUCAGUUGAGACUGAGGUGAAUUUAAGCUUUUUUAGAUUCAAUCUUUCUUAAGGUUUUGUGUUAUCUUAUAUAUUCCACAGUAGGGUGGAGUAGGGUGUUGUCAUUCAGAUAAAUAGUGAUGCAUUUAUGAUUGAUGGGGGAAGUUUCUAGAUUUUGGUGAAAUGGGAUCUACUAUAGGUUGGUC